AUGUCGCCCGGCGGGGAGGGACGCUGUAUGGCGAAGCUGUGCUCGGGUUUCAGGAGGGACGGCACCUUUGCAGAAUACGCUGUCGUCCCUUCACGGUACAUCCUUCGCAUCCCUGAAGACGUCCCGGAUAACCUGGUCGCGCCGAUUCUGUGCGGGGGAGUGACAGCUUACAAAGCUAUCAAGGUCAGCGAAGCGGUCCCAGGACGGUGGAUGGUGAUCUCAGGUGCAGGCGGCGGCGUUGGAGCCCUGGGUGUGCAGUUUGCCAAGUCGAUGGGAUACCGCGUUAUCGCCGUCGAUCUAGGAGACGCUGAUCGCAAACGAGAGUACUGUCUUAAGCUGGGCGCCGAAGCAUACUUCGAUGCAAAGGAAGUAAACGCCGCCAAGAUUCAAUCGCUCACAGGAGAUGGCGCUGCAGCCGUGUUGGUGAUGGCCAACACCGGGAAAGCAUACCAAGCAGCAUUGGAAUUCGUUGCGCCGCUCGGGACAGUUGUGUGCGUCGGCAUACCAGCCCGCGAAGACAAGGUGAGCUUUCAUCCGACACUUGGUAUCAACAACGGCGUCCGCAUCAUCGGCUCCGCAGUUGGCACAAGAAAGGACAUCUGGGAAGCUAUCGAGUUCGUCCAGCGAGGCGCAGUCAAGCCAGCAGUGGAGAUGGCCACCCUAGAUGAUCUCACUGAGAUCGCUAAGAACUUUGGAAAGGUGAGCGACUCGUCGACAUCAGUGACCACAGUGCUAAGAUCGACGCAGACUUCAGGCAAAUAUGUGCUCAGACUAGCCGACGAGGCAACCCAACAAGCGAACAGAGCUUGA